AACAAAUUGUAAAUGCCUCCUGUUCUUCUGGGUGUCAAGUUCCUCCCAACUGAUGAAGAACUGAUCAGUUACUUCCUCAAGAUAAAGAACAAUGUAUGCAUAACUGCAAAAGUGCCACCAACGGCGAUCUACAAUUACAACAAGAUUAUUCGUGAACGUGACCUGUAUGGUGAUGAAGAACCGUGGCAGAUUUGGAAAAGGUUUGGCGGAUCGGAACAGUUAGACCAGGACAUGUACUUUUUCACAAAGCCAAAGAUGGUGAACCCCGAUGGUUCACGCAUUAAUCGCAAGGUUGGAUCUGGUGGAACUUGGAGUGAAGGUGAACCUGGAAAAGAUAUUGAAUCGGAAAUAACUAGGCAAAAAAUUGGACAAAAGAGGAAGUUUCGAUAUGAGAAUAAAGGGUCUGACCAAAAUGGUUCUUGGUAUUUGGAAGAAUAUAGUCUUGAUCCUAUGAACUCUGAAUACUAUGUACUUUGCCGACUCCGACAGAACAUCAAGGCGGGAAAGGAGAGGAAGGACAAACCAUUAUAUUUCGAAGAAUCUAUUGCAUUGUCAAUGACUCGUAUACCUGUGGGUUUCAGGUUCCACCCCACUGAUCAAGAGCUGAUAAGUUACUUCCUCCGCAAGAAGGUGACCGAAGCAUCAACAUUAGACAGACACAGAGGCAUUGUGCGAGAUUUUGAUCUUUUCGGAAGCACAGAACCUUGGAAAAUCUGGGAAAUGUAUGGGGGACAUGAGUUGUUCAACCAAGACUUGUACUUUUUCACUGAACUCAAGAAGGCGAGCCCCAAUGGUAAACGCUUUCUCCGCAAGAUCGGAUCCAGUGGGACUUGGAGUGAAACAGAUGCCUCCAAACUGAUCAAAGAUGAACAAGAGCAAAAGGAUAUAGGCCGACGGAGGAAAUUGCGAUAUGAGAGCAAAAGUUCCAAGCACCAUGGUCAUUGGUAUUUGGAUGAGUAUAGUCUUCUAGAUUCUGAAUUAGACUAUGUGAUUUGUAGACUGCGUAAGAACGACAAAUCAUCAGAAUGGAAUGUAAACAAAAGAAAAUACAGUGCAUGGCAACAAUUGAAGGAGCUGAAGCUGCUUACUGGUACUAAUGAAAAUCCAAGGCGAAAGCAAAGUAAUGCGAUGAUGAAUAUGACCAACAUCAAGAAAAACUUGCCAGACCAGCCACUAGCUCCGGCAGUAACAUCGGACUGUUGCAAGAAAUUCAAAUUAUUUGGUGUAGAGAUACGAUUGUAG